UCGUGAAGAGCAGAAAGAAUUUGAGUUACUCUAAACAGUUUGUUUAUUACUCUAAGUAAAGUUUCAAUCAACUUUGGAUUGUUAUAAUCGUAAAAUUUGUUUAUGAUCUCUUUGUCUGUAAGUGAAGGAUAUGCCCUCCAAAGGUAGGAAAGGCGGUCGCAGUCGAGCCAAGGGAAAAGCUAAACCAUCACCCAAAUCCUCACCGAAGCCAUCGAGGAAACCUAUUGCAAAGUCUCCGAAAUCUCCCAAGUCGCCGAAGGCGCGGUCCACUGGAAGGAAGAAAGCAGAUAAAGCUGCUCCGACGAAGAAGGCAUCGCCAGCCAGAAGUGAACAUGAGCCGCCCGCGAGGACUGCGUCCCCUCCGUCGCCCGAUACAAUCAAGAAUACAGUCAAUAGUCUGGAAGAAGUUUUCGGGCGUCGCGGCCCGAAAUUCCUGCACAAAGCCUUGACAACGUGUCAGGAUCCGCAGGAAAUGCUGCAACAGUUCCGCGACGAAGAAGGCGUGCUGGUGCCCACGCUGAAGCCCGCCGUGCAGUUGUUGGACCUCCUGGACGUUAGUCGUCUGCAUUUCCAUACGCGUUCCGCGGAGCAGCUGCGGCAGGAGCUGAUCGAGCGCAUCAGUUCCGUAGCGAAGGAUGCCAAAAAAGACACGAAUAAAAAGCGACUGGAUGAGUUGCUGGACAAAUGUUUCGCUGGAUUGAAUCUCCCCCUGGUGCGACCUGUCGUACUGCACCUCCUCCGCAAUCUGGAGACCGUCGAUGCCAAGUAUAAAAAGGAAAUUAUGAACAAUAAAGAACUGUAUGAUGUGUGCGCGAUUCCGUUGCGAAGACAGUUUUGGAUGGAGCGGAAGGAUUUGUUUGAGUCCGAAGCGCUGCCGCUGGUGGAGGGAUACGUUAGUAACCGCGUGCAGAGCAUGUUCGAGGUUAAUAACAAUAACAGCCUCUACACUAUCGCAGGUAAUAUUCGGCGGCAAGAUACAAACCUCGUGCGACUAGUGGAAAUUGUGGGUGAUCAGACUGCACUGUACAAAUCCGUCAACGAUCUCAUAAGAAAACGAUAUUCCGAAUCACUGAGUCCGCACUACGGCACGCUUCGACUCGAUUUUCUGAUUAUUAUGCAUGACCGCCAACCGCAGAUGAUCGCCUCUGCCGACAGUUUGGCUUAUAAAUUCGCAUUUUGCAUCGACGCGGGAGUUCGGGCGCGACACCUGGACGUCAAGCGCAGCAAGGAUAUUGUCGGCGUGGUCGACACUUUAAAGAAGAAGAAUCCCCUUUUGUGCGACUUGGCUAUGAUGCUAAGUGAUCCACAGAUCGUCUAUUUCAACGCCACCAGUGCUGUGCGCAUGGUUCAGGCUGUGGUCAACCAGGAAGUGCUGCCGAGAGAUAACAACAUGUUGCUCUUUUUCCUUAGGCUUCUGGGUAUCGGCAUCCUUGCCGGUGAUUUUGUUACCGAUAAAGUAAACAAGGAGCCGAAGCUUCCCAUAGAUAUUGCCUGUGAAUUUGUGCCUCGGCUGUGUAGUGUGAUGGUCUCUUUGGCUGCCAAGAAGCUGAAUAGUGAAAAGGUGAAGCUGGCUAAGGUCGGUGUGGAUGUGUUGGUGCCCAUGCUGGAGAAGGAUCCUGUUAGCGUGUGGCUGAUUAUACAGUGGAUAGCGUAUCUGUUGCGGCAGAAUGACUGGGACACAGUCAUCGGUUUGAUCCGCUUGUUUCCUCGGUUUGUCGGGCAGAUGGCCACCAAAGAGGACCAUAUUAUGCACAACAUGGUCUCCGUUAUGUCGGUGACCUAUGCCUCUCAGGAACAGCGUUGGCCGACAAGUUUUGCCGACUGUGUCUUCUAUGAAUACUUCCAGCUUCGCACGGCGGGACCACGGGAAGUCAAACACGCGCUACGGUUGCUGUAUUCCGUGUACGCCAAACUGGAGCCGCAGUAUCGGGAUGAACUGUUAUCGUAUGCAGAUGCACACAUGGACGCUGACGAUGUGAAAUCGCUGUACACCGUAGUCAAGGCGCGUAUUGCUACGUCGGUGCCUGUGUCUUCAUUUCGAGCCGAACAUCCAUCCACACCGUAUGCCUCCCUAGAAUUUGCAUUUCCAGCAAUGACGCCUAGGCAAUAGAAGUGCACCAUUUUGUGUAUAUGGAAGAGUUUACCGUAAUACGCGGAAUUCAACUGUGAUUUUAUCUUUUAACGAUUUUUUAUUGGUGCAAUGUGACCAGAAUUGUAAACCUACCCGCACUGAAACUUUUAUUCCUACGGCUUGGAAGAUUAAGAACAAAGAAGGAACAUUUCUGGCAUUCAAAAUUUAUUUACUUUGAGUUCCUCACGUUUUAAUUUUAAGUAUUUCAUAUUUUUAUCAAUUAUUUUGUCGUCACCUCUCCGGCUACCCUAGUCUUGAUCUGUCCAGCCGGCAUUCACUAGGCUGUUGAGAUGGAAGAGUGGAUUCACUCAUAAUAUGAUAAUACUAAUUGUAAACUCGUUUACUACCGUAAUGUCCCUGCCUCUUGAUUUGUAAGCACGAAUGCACGGUACC